AUGUGGUUCUUAUUAAUAACUGUAACAUUUCUAUUACUAUUAAUUGGAAAAAUACAAAUAAGCCUUUGUUAUACUACUGUUCAAAUUGCUGUUCUUCUUCCAACUGAUCCACAAUUACCAUUUGAUAUGCAAAAAGUUAAACCAGCUAUUGAUUUAGCUGUUAUUGAGGUAGAUAGACGUCGUUUAUUAAUUGAUCGAAAUUCAUUUGAAGUUCGUUAUGGUGAUACAAAUUCAUCUUAUAUUGUUGGACCUUUAUUAGCUAUUGAUUUUUAUGCUAAACGACAAGCUGAUGUAUUCUUAGGUCCUGUCGAUGGUCCCGGUUUAGCUGCUGUUUCAAGAUAUUCGCCUCAUUGGCGAAUACCUGUUAUAUCACCAGGUGGUGGUUUUAAUUAUCAUUUUGAUAAUAAACGUGAAUAUCAAUUAUUAACACGAAUGCUUCAUUCAUCGAAAACCAUAGUUCAUUUUAUAUCCCGUGUUAUUUUACCCCAUUUUAAUUGGACUAGUGUAAGAAUUAUAGCUGAAAGAAAUGUUAUUGAAGCGCAAAGUGAAUGUUAUAUGUUAAUGGGUGCUUUAUGCCGAGAAUUACGUCAUCCAAAUAAUAAAGGAGAAUCAAAAGAUACAUGUUCUCAUUCAAUAUUUGAUGUCGAUCGAAAAAAUGAAACAAAAGAAAAACUACGUAAAACAUUAGAUGAAGCAAAAACUGAAGCAAGAAUUUUAUUUAUUUGUAUGGAUUCAAAUUUAUUUCGAGAUUUUCUUUUAAUGGCAUAUGAUCUUGGUAUGAUCAAUGGUGAAUAUGUUUUUGUUUAUUUAGAUAUAUUUCGUUUGAUGAGAAAAGAUAUGAGUUUAAUUAGUUGGUAUAGAAAUGAAUCAAGUGAAUCAGAAAAUAUUAAGGCACGUCGUGCUUUCGAAACAGUUCUUAUUGUAGCUGUUAAACGGCCAGAGACCGAACGAUAUCGACAAUUUUCUUAUCAAGUUAAUGCAUUACAAGAAAAAAUAAAUAAUGAUAGUACAUCAAUAGGAAAACUUGUCAAUCCAUAUGUUGCAACAUUCUAUGAUGCUGUUCUACUUUAUGCAUAUGGGUUAAAUCGUACAAUAGAAUCAAAUCAAAAUGCUAGUGAUGGAUUUGCUGUUGUACGAAAAAUGUGGAAUGUUAGUUUUGAAGGAUCAAAUGGUAUUGUACAAAUUAGUGAAACAGGUGAUCGUGUUAGUGAUUAUUCCUUAUUUGAUUUGAAUCCUGAAAGUGGUCAAUUCGAAGAAGUAGGAACUUAUUUUGGUGUAAAUUCAUCAUUUAUUCCUUUAAAAGAUAUCUAUUGGAUUGAUGAUGUCAAAAAAACACCACUAGAUGUUCCCCCUUGUGGUUUUGAUGGGAGUAAAUGUUUGGUACAUAAGAACCCAGCAUUACCCUGGAUUUAUUUUACUGCAAGUGUAACAUCCGUUAUAUUUAUUUUGAUAAUAAUUGCAUUCUGGUAUUUUAAACGUGUUAGUUUUGAAGCUCAACUUAAAGCAAUGAAUUGGAUUAUUGAACCUGAUGAUUUAUUUUCAAUGGAAGAUUUUGGUCUUAAAUAUAAAACAUUGAAACGAGAUCGACAUAAACGUACUUCUGUGCAUCAUGUUACAUUAUUUGAUGAAGAGAAUGAUAUAGAAAAUGUUGUAGCUGUCAAAACAGCACGAUUUAAGGGAUCAAUAGUAGCAUUAAAACUGAUUCAACAUAAAACAAGAAUUGAUAUUAAUCGAUUGUUAUUGAUGGAAGUUAAAACUAUUAAAGAUAUGCAAAGUGAAUAUCUUGUUCGAUUUAUUGGUGCAUGCCUUGAUCCACCUUGUUUAGUUAAUGAAUAUUGUUCCAAAGGAAAUUUACAGAAUCUUCUUGAAAAUUCUCAAAUUCGACUUGAUGAUAUGUUUAAAUAUUCUAUUAUUCAUGAUAUUGUUAAAGGAAUUAUGUAUAUUCAUAAUAGUGAUCUUCAAUCCCAUGGAAAUUUAAAAAGUACAAAUUGCCUUGUUGGUAGUCGUUUUGUUGUUAAAAUUUCUGAUUAUGGUAUUCCAUCUCUUCGUUGUCCAGUUCAUCAAAAAUAUCCAGCAAAUUGUGAACAAUAUUAUAAAUCAUUACUUUGGUCAUCACCAGAAAUUAUACGUGAUCCACAUGCACCAAUACAAGGUUCACAAAAAGGCGAUGUUUAUAGUUUUUCAAUAAUACUUCAUGAAAUUAUUUAUCGUCGUGGUCUUUUUGCAAUUAAUGAAACAGGUGUAACACCAAAAGAAAUUUUUCUUUCAAUUAAAUCAGGAAAUGAAAUUCGACCACCAUUUCUUGGUGAUAAUACACUUUAUGAAAUAGGUUAUCUUAUGAAACGAUGUUGGCAAGAAAAUUCUAAUGAUCGACCAGAUUUUACGUCUAUUUUGAAUACAAUGAAAAAAUUAAGCAAAAAAUUUGAUAAUGAAAAUCUUGUUGAUAAUUUAUUACAACGUAUGGAACAAUAUACAAAUAAUCUUGAAGAUCUUGUUAAAGAACGUACAAAUGAUUAUUUAUUAGAGAAGAAAAAAGCUGAAGAAUUACUUUAUCGUUUAUUACCACAAUCUGUUACUGCUGAAUUAAUAGCUGGUAAACAAGUAACAGCUGAAUCAUUUGAAUGUGUUACUAUUUAUUUUUCUGAUAUUGUUGGUUUUACACGAAUAUCAGCUGAAAGUACACCACUACAAAUUGUUUCUUUACUUAAUGAUCUUUAUACAUGUUUUGAUUCAAUUAUUGAAGCAUUUGAUAUUUAUAAAGUUGAAACAAUUGGUGAUGCUUAUAUGGUUGUUAGUGGUUUACCAACACGUAAUGGUGAUUUACAUGCACGUGAAAUCUCACGUAUGGCAUUAACAAUUCUUGAUGCUGUUAUUCAUUUUCGUAUUCGACAUAGACCUGAUGAACAAUUAAAAAUUCGUAUUGGUAUUCAUUCAGGUCCAUGUGUUGCUGGUGUUGUUGGUUUAAAAAUGCCAAGAUAUUGUCUAUUUGGUGAUACAGUUAAUGUUGCUUCACGUAUGGAAUCUAAUGGACAACCAUUAAGAAUUCAUAUAUCGCCUUGUACAAAAGCCUUACUUGAUAAAUUUCAAACAUUUAUCACUAAGUCACGUGGACAAGUUAAUCUUAAAGGUAAAGGUGAAAUGUUAACCUAUUGGUUAUUAGGUGAACGUGAUGGUUUACAAGUGCCAUUUAGCAAUGAUUCGGAUCUUAAUGAUAAUAAUAAUACAACUGAGAAAUUGAAUUCAGAUCAUUGA